CCGCGCGCCCUGUUUUUUUCUGAUAGGCCGCUAGGUGAGGCGGUUUGUGAGUUUUGGGUCGCAGUAUACUAGAAUUUUGAGGUUUCCUUCCGGUGAAAAUUGAGCUGUUCGUGCAGCCAUGGGACCCGGGUUACAGCAGUGAGGGGGCCGCGACUCAAGAAACUUACACAUGUCCAAAAAUGAUUGAGAUAAAGCAGGCGGAGGCCCAGCUUGCUGAGUUAGACCUGCUAGCCAGUAUGUUCCCUGGUGAGAAUGAGCUCAUAGUAAAUGACCAACUGGCUGUAGCAGAACUGAAAGAUUGUAUUGAAAAGAAGACAAUGGAGGGGCGAUCUUCAAAAGUUUACUUUACUAUCAAUAUGAACCUGGAUGUAUCUGAGGAAGCAAUGGCGAUGUUUUCUCUGGCCUGUAUUCUUCCUUUUAAAUACCCAGCAGUUCUGCCUGAAAUUACUGUCAGAUCAGUAAUAUUGAGUAGAUCCCAGCAGACUCAGCUGAACACAGAUCUGACUGCAUUCCUGCAAAAACAUUGUCAUGGAGAUGUUUGUAUACUGAAUGCCACGGAGUGGGUUAGAGAACACGCGUCUGGCUAUGUCAGCAGAGAUACUUCAUCUUCACCCACCACAGGAAGCACAGUCCAGUCAGUUGACCUCAUCUUCACAAGACUCUGGAUCUACAGCCAUCAUAUCUACAACAAAUGCAAAAGAAAGAAUAUUCUAGAGUGGGCAAAGGAGCUUUCCCUGUCUGGGUUUAGCAUGCCUGGAAAACCUGGUGUUGUUUGUGUGGAAGGCCCACAAAGUGCCUGUGAAGAAUUCUGGUCAAGACUCAGAAAAUUAAACUGGAAGAGAAUUUUAAUCCGCCAUCGAGAAGACGUUCCUUUUGAUGGUACAAAUGAUGAAAUGCAAAGACAAAGGAAAUUUUCCAUUUUUGAAGAAAAAGUGUUCAGUGUUAAUGGAGCCAGGGGAAACCACAUGGACUUUGGUCAGCUCUAUCAGUUCUUAAAUGCCAAAGGAUGUGGGGAUGUUUUCCAGAUGUUUUUUGGUGUAGAAGGACAAUGACAGUAAGAGUAGUUGAAAGUAUCUUGUCACUGUUGGCCUUUUGAUUUUUUUUUCCCACUUUUUCUUGAAAGAUUAAGUAAUUUUCUUUUAGUUCCAUUCUAGAAUGUUGGGGAGUGGGGGACAAGAAAAAAUAGUAUAGCUGAAAUGCAUCUGUUAAAAAUGUCAUGAUUGAAAGCAGAACUGAGUUUUAAAUUACAACCUUAAAAUUGUUGUUAGGUAUUUCUUCACCUAUCAGCUGCCCAUUUUGAAAAAGAAAUGAUCCACAAAGGUGAUGUUGGUGCUCCAAUUUGCCAGCCAUUCCCAACCCCCUUCUCCCUUACCUGCCUUCACUAAAGAACCCAGAAAAGCUAAUUGCUCCCCUUUCAGCCUCUGUUGCAACUAACAACUCUCAGUGGCCUCAGGACACACCUUUGGCCUUGGGAAUUCUGGGAAAACUUUUGCUUCCUGAUUAAAGAAACAUAUGCAGCUAGGCCACCUCCUCCCCCUCUUACUUUUAUAAACGCCAAAGUGAUGGCUGGAGCUGGAGGGGUUAUUUGAACUAUGACAGAAGGAAGGACUAAGAGAACCACGAAGAUGCCAGUUGCCACAUUGUUGAGCUGCUGACCCAACACCAGCCGCUGCCUAUCUCUAGACGUCUUAUGAAAUAAAACCAGGUUUGUUUAAUUUCUAGGCUUUUUUUUUUUUUUUUUAAUAGACAGAGUCUUGCUCUGUCACCCAGGCUGGAGUGCAAUGGUGUGAUCUCGGCUCACUGCAACCUCCGCCUCCCAAGUUCAAGCGAUUCUCCUGCCUCGGCCUCCCGAGUAGCUGAGAUUACAGGGGCCUGCCACUAUGCCUGGCUAAUUUUUGUGUUUUUAGUAGAGACGGGGUUUCACCAUGUUGGCCAGGCUGGUCUCGAACUCCUGACCUCAGGUGAUCGCCCGCCUUGGCCUCCCAAUGUGCUGGGAUUACAGGCGUGAGCCACCACGCCCAGCCAAUUUCUAGGCUUUUUACUGGCAGUUGAAAGCUAGUUUGUCAAAUAGAGUUUUUCAGAGCUUUCGUUUUGCAUUUACGCCAGCCUUUUGAUACAUAAAUAGGUGAAGUUUUUCUGAAGUGGAGUUUGCAGUUCGUCUCGUUUUGUAUACUCACGCUCUGCCCCUGUUCCUGGGCUUGCCUCAGACAAGGCUGAGGCACGAGUAGGGCUUAAACUUUUUUAACAAGCGUCAACAAUUCAUCAAAUUAGUAAUUUAGAAGAUUUGUUUGGCAAAUUGUAUUCUGACAUUUUUUUGUUCUGGAAAUGGCUUUCUGUAUAUUUCUUUUUGCCAAAUUUUGACCUACCAUUAAACACACCACCCAGUUUUUGAGGACCUCCAUAAAUUGGUUCCAAAAGCAUUUAUUAUUUAUUAAUUUGCUAGCACGCAGGUUGAUACCAGGUGUUGGAUAUUUCUUGACCAGUCAGACUUGGUUGAGGAAUAGAGUUGGGGUGAGAAACAAUGCAUUAAGUUAGUAAAAAGUUGGAGGCAAACUAUGCUUAUCACAAAAUGAAUCAGUAACUGAAAGAUAGCAUAUAUUAUGUAAUACAAUGUAGAAAUCUGAAGGAAUAAAAUGGAAGAAGGCUAUGUGGAUAAA